UCCCACCGCCAGCUGGCAGCUGCCCGGAGGCCUCCCGGGAGCAGGCGGGAUGCGCGCCGGGCGUCAGCAGCCGGGGGCCCCCGUCCCCGAGCGCCAACCGCGCCCCUGCGGGCCGGGGUCGCCCCGCGGGCGCCCCCUGCUCGGGCUCCUCGUGCACGCGUGGCUGUGGGCGGCCUCGGGCUCGUCUGCGCAGGUGCUGAGCCUCAGCCUCUCCGUGGACGAGGGGCUCCCGCCCGACACGCUGGUCGGGGACAUUCGCGCCGGGCUGCCCGCGCCACAGCAGGAGGCGGGCGGCUUCUUCCUGUCCGAGGACUCGGACGACUUCCACGUGCAUCCCGACACCGGCGUCAUCCGCACGGCGCGGCGCCUGGACCGCGAGCGGCGCGACCACUACAGCUUCGUGGCCGCGACGCUGCUGGGCGCCGUGGUGCAGGUGGAGAUCCGCGUGAACGACGUGAACGACCACUCGCCGCGCUUUCCCCGCGACGCGCUGCAGCUGGACGUCUCGGAGCUCAGCCCGCCCGGCACCGCCUUCCGCCUGCCGGGGGCGCAGGACCCGGACGCUGGGCUGUUCGGCACCCAGGGUUACAGUUUGCUGCCCCCUCCCGACCGGCACGACGACCCGGCUGGGCCCUUCUUCCAGUUGCGCUACGGGACCCCGGGGCCGCCGCCGUCCGCCCUGGAGCCGCUGGACUUGGUGCUGCUGCGGCGCCUGGACCGGGAGGCGGCGGCGACGCACGAGCUGCACGUCGAGGCGUGGGACGGCGGCAGCCCGCGGCGCACCGGCCGCCUGCUGGUGCGGCUGCGCGUGCUGGACGAGAACGACAACCCGCCGGUCUUCGAGCGGCCCGAGUACCGCGCCGCCGUGCGCGAGGACGCCCCGCCGGGCGCCGAGGUGUGCCGCGUGCGAGCCACCGACCGCGACCUGGGGCCCAACGGCCUCGUGCGCUACAGCCUCCGCGCCCGGCCCGGGGCGGGGGCGGGCGGUGAGGCUCCGGGCGGCGCGGCCUUCUUUGAGGUGGAGGAGCUGAGCGGCGCGGUGCGGGUGCGGAGACCACUGGACCGCGAGGCGCGGGCCUGGCACCAGCUGCUGGUGGAGGCUCGCGACGGAGGCGCCGAGCCCGAGGUCGCCACGGUGCGCGUGUCUGUGGCUGUGCUGGACGUGAACGAUAACCGGCCCGCCAUCCACCUGCUCUUCCUCACGGAGGGGGGCGCGGCCCGAGUCUCCGAGGGCUCAGGACCUGGGGACUAUGUGGCUCGAGUCUCGGUGUCCGACGCGGACAGUGACCCGGAGAGGGCAGAGGAGGCCCCUGGGGCACUUGGCGUGGGCCCUGGCGGCGGGAGCAUCUCGCUGGCCCUGGAGGGCGGGGAGGGCGCCUUUGCACUGCGGCCCGGGGGUCCCCCGGGGGUGUUUUUCCUCUGCGUCGAGGGCCCCCUGGACAGAGAAAGCCGUGAGCUGUAUGAGUUGCGCUUAGUGGCCACCGAUACGGGAUUCCCACCCCUGAGCACCCAGGAGACGCUGCUGCUUCGUGUCUCCGACCUGAAUGACCAGCCACCGGUCUUCAGCCAGGAGCACUACCGGGCCUCCGUGUCCGAGGCCGCAGCCCCCGGCACCACGGUGACGUGGGUCAGCGCCUCCGACGCCGACGAGCCUGGCACUGACCACGCCCGGCUGCGCUACGCUCUUGACCAGUCCUCGGCUCUCUGCAGCUCCGAGGCUUUGCGGCCUGGUGCAGAAUGUGGGCCAGCUUUCACCAUCGAUCCUGAGAGCGGGGCGAUCAGCACCGUCCGGACUCUGGAUAGAGAGGCCCAGGAGGCCCUGGAACUCAGGGUGGUGGCCCAGGACCUCGGAGAGCCGCCCCUCUUUGCCACCUGCCUGGUGAGCGUCACCGUGGCUGACGUGAAUGACAAUGAGCCCAUCUUCUGGAGGCAGGUGUACAAUGUCACCUUGGCAGAGCACACCCCGGUGGGACACUGCUUUCUCCAGGUACAAGCCUCUGAUGCAGAUGCGGGGCUCUAUGGCUGUGUUGAGUAUUCGCUUUACGAUGGAUUCCAGAGCGAUGAGGCUCCUCCAGUGUUCCAGAUCGACCCACACACUGGUCAGAUCUGUGUGUCGCAAGACCUGGACAGGGAGAGGGACCCAGCCAGCUUUGAUCUCCUGGUGACAGCUAAGGAUGGGGGCGGGCUCAGCGCCCAAGCUUUUGUCCGCGUGGACCUGGAGGAUGUGAAUGAUAAUCAUCCGGUGUUUAACCCGUCAACCUACGUGACAAGCAUCAGCAGCCAGACCCAGCCGGGUGCUGAGAUCAUCAAGGUUCUGGCCACUGACAGAGAUGCCGGGGUGUACGGGACAGUGGCUUACGCGCUCACCCCGGGACAUCUGGCACCCGCAUUUGCCAUCGACCCCACCACAGGAAUCAUUUACUUGACAUCAAGUCUUGCUCACUUGGAGCCUACUACACUAUUUCUCACGGUAUGUGCUCGAGAUGGUGGCGGACUUGUGGCUGCCACGAAUGCUGAGGUCACUGUCCACAUCCUGCACACCAUGCUGGCGCCUGCUGAAUUUGAAAAGCCCAAGUACACCUUCUCUGUCAGUGAAGAUGCGCCCGAAGACACUCCUGUAGGAACAGUGAAAGCAAGGGAGUCCUUGAAUUCCUCAGAACCCGUCUCGUACAGGAUCUCCUCGGGCGACCCGGACGGGAAGUUCGCCGUCCACCCGUGGCUGGGCACCCUUCGCACCCGGAAGCCUCUGGAUCACGAGGCGCAGCCCACGGUGGUCCUCACGGUCCAGGCCCAGCUGGGCAGCGCGGCGGCCUGCGGCAGCGCGGAGGUCCACAUCGCCGUCACGGACGUCAACGACCACGCGCCCGAGUUCCUGCGGGCCGCCGCGGAGGGGGAGGAGGAGGAGGUGCGCGUGUCGCCGGCCACCGCCCCGGGCGCCGCGCUCUACCUGGCGCGCGCCGUGGACCGGGACAGCGGGCGUAACGGGCAGGUGCGCUUCUCGCUGGCGGGGCCGCGGCCGCGCGCCUUCGCGGUGCACGCGGGGCUCGGCCUGCUCUACCUGCGCGCGCGCCUGGGCCGCGACGAGCCGCCGAAGCUGCGGCUGACCCUGGCGGCCCGGGACCUCGGCGAGCCUCCGCGGGCCUCGCUGCUGCCGCUGAGCGUGGUGGUCGAGCGAGGGCCGAGCCCCGCCCUGGCCUUCGAAAACUUGGUGUACCGGGUGGAGACCCGCGAGUCCGUCCCACCCAGGACCCUGAUCGUCCAGGUGCGGGCGGCCGCCCGGGGCCAGGCCGCCGCGUGGGUGAGGUACGCGCUGGAGCCAGGCGCCCACGCCGGCCUGUUCGGGAUCCACCCGCGCACCGGCUGGGUUUACCUGCGGCGGCCGCUGGACUACGAGUCCGCGCACACUCACAGCUUCAGAGCCUGCGCCCGGGCCCCGCACGAGGGACUGGGGCGCACUGUGAGCACCCAGGUGGUUGUCCACGUCCUGGACGAGAACGACAAUGCCCCCGCCUUCGCGCAAGGCCAGGUGUUUCUGAAGGUGCAGGAGAGCCCCGUCCCCCUGGGGGUGAUAGGCAGAGUCACAGCCGCGGACGCGGACUCCGGAGACAACGGACAGCUGUCCUACUUCCUCCUGUCCGAUGGGGCAUUCUUCAGGAUGAACCCUCACACAGGUGAGCUGGUCAGCUGGUUGGCACUGGAUCGUGAGCACCAGAUGCACCACCAGAUGACUGUCCUGGUGACGGACCACGGCUCACCACCACGAAACGCCACCAUGGAGGUUUAUGUCACGGUCACCGACAUCAAUGAUAACAGCCCAUUUUUCCCGCAGUGUCUCCCUGGAAAGGAAUUUCAUAUCAAGGUUCUGGAAGACCAGCCAGUAAAUAUGUUGGUUACAACUGUGUUUGCAAAGGACCUUGAUGAAGGAAACAAUGCAGAAGUUAUCUAUUCAGUGUCUUCAGAAGAUUAUUCUGAUCAUUUUAAGAUCGAUGCCAACAGUGGUGAAAUAAGAACAAGCACAAUACUUUCCUACAACUACAGACGCUCCUACAGGCUGACGGUCAUCGCCAGUGACCAGGGUCAGCCUCCACUGCAAGGCCAGGCAGUGCUUAAUAUUCAGGUGAUACCACUGUCCAAAGGCCGAGGUUUCGCUUCUCAGAAUAUCAGGCAUUUAGUUAUACCAGAGAACUCGAAGCCAGCAAAAAUCUUGAGCUUGAUGAAGUCUCCUGAUCACCUCCAGCAACAUCACAGUGCAAAGUUGCACUUCAGUAUUGUUACGGAGGACAAGAAUGGUCACUUUGACAUCGACGGCUCAACAGGAGACUUGUUUCUUUCUAAGGAACUGGAUUAUGAAACAGCUUCGCAUUAUCUUUUCAGGUUGAUUACCAAAGACCACAGCCAGAGUCCAGCCCUGAGUAGCACAGUCUUCCUUAGUGUUGAUGUGGAAGAUCAAAACGACCACUCUCCUGCCUUCCAGGACCAGGUCAUCUCCAUAAGCGUAGACGAGAAUGUUCCCGUAGGGACCCUGCUGCACACGUUCAAUGCCAAAGACGGCGACGGUAGCUUUUUGAACAGCAGGGUACAGUACGUCAUUGAAUCCCCCCACCGUGGGACGAACCCGUUUCUCAUCCACCCCUCGUUUGGCACAUUAGUCACCGCGGCCCCCUUGGACAGAGAGAGCGUCCCGGCCGUCGUCCUGAUGGUCACCGCGUCUGACCAGGCCGUGAACGUGACAGACCGACGCUCCAGGUCGCAGAUAGCCAGAGUGGCGAUUUUGGAUGUAAACGACCACAGCCCCGCUUUCGUGUCCUCGCCCGUCGCCUGUGUCCGAGAGGACGCCACCGUGGGCUCCUCCGUGCACCGUGUACAUGCUCGAGACCCAGAUGAGGGACGGAACGGAAAAGUAACCUACGGCAUCCGCUCCGGAAAUGCAAACGCGGCCUUUAUGCUCGAUGAGUCAUCAGGCUUACUAACUAUAGCUUGCCCUUUGGAUUAUGAAGUAAAAACUCAGCACAUUCUGACCCUCGUGGCCCUGGAUGAUGGGGUCCCAGCACGUUCUUCAUCCCAGACGAUGACAGUUACUGUCCUUGAUGUAAAUGAUGAGGCACCAGUAUUUAAGCAGCACCUGUAUGAAGCUUCAGUUAAAGAAAACCAAAGUCCAGGGGAGUUUGUCACAAGGGUCGGGGCUACGGACAGAGAUUCAGGAAUCAAUUCCAAGCUUCAGUUUGAAAUCAUAUCGGGGGCUUCCUUUGGGUUUUUCAAGAUCAAUGCAGACACUGGAGAGGUCGUGACAACCACCACACUUGACAGAGAAGUUCAGGGUGUCUUUACCCUUCGAGUCCUGGUACGAGAUGAGGGAGUCCCUUCGUUGUCCUGCACCACAACAAUUCUCUGCAUAGUUGAAGAUGAAAAUGAUCAUGCACCAGAGUUUCUUGGCACCAGUCCGUACAUUGAGGUUCUGGAAAACCAAGAACCCAAGGUGGUCUACACUGUUUUGGCCUCUGAUAUGGACGCUGGCAGGAACGGAGCUGUCAAGUAUCACAUAAUCAAUGGAAAUACAGACAAGUCCUUUGUUAUUAACGAAACGUCAGGAGAACUGGCAACCACUCGUGCCUUGGACCGGGAGCAAGUCAGGAACUUUACACUCACCGUCCAGUGCUCUGACCAGGGAGACCCCCCUCAGAGCUCCACCAUACAGCUUCAGGUUAGGGUUUUGGAUGACAACGACCACAGCCCUGCCUUUCCCAUGCUUCAUUACCAGCCUUCCGUGAGGGAAGAUGCUGCAGUGGGAACUGUGGUCCUGGUGCUGUCUGCUGUAGACAAGGAUGAAGGCCUGAACGGACAAACUGAGUAUUUUCUGGUGGGCGAGUCUUCUGGUGCAUUCACCAUUAACCCUGUGACGGGCACCCUGAGAACCAGCCGCGCCCUCGACCGGGAAGCCCGGUCCCUGUACACGUUUUGGGCUGUGGCCAGAGACUGCAGCAUCGAGGCCUCAAGGAGCAGCACAGUAACCGUCACAGUAUUGGUCACCGAUGUUAACGACAAUGAUCCAGUUUGGGAGCAGAAUCCUGUCAAUGUCUUUCUCUCUUCUCAGCUGCCUACAAAUCAGACCAUUGCUAUUCUGAGAGCCAGUGACCCAGACUCGGGGCCCAACGGAACGGUCACUUUUAGUUUUGCAGACACCCAGUCAGUGUUUUCUAUUGAUGAAUACACCGGAGAAAUUAAACUUCUGCAAAAUCCAUCUUCAGAACAUUUUCCUGCAUGGUUGUGGUUAAAAGUUACAGAUCAAGGAGUCCCAGCCAGGACAACCCCUGGUCUCUUGGUCAUUCACAUGGAAGGUGAAGAUCUAAAGAUUUCGUUCAGCCAGCAUCUGUACAGGGGGCUUGUGACUGAAAACUGUGAGGCAGGUACUUCCGUUGUAACUGUAAACGCUUUCGUUUCUGAUGCAGUCCGGGACAUUAUUAAAUAUUCAGUGUUUAGUGGAAACAAAGAUGGAGUUUUUUCCUUGGACUCCCACUCAGGACAACUGACUGUGAAAGAACCCGAAUUCCUUGAUUUUGAAGUCAGGAAUGACGUAGAACUCAUCAUUUUAGCCGAAAGCAGCGAGCAUAAAGCCUACAGCAGAGUAGCAGUCUCCAUACAGGAUGUGAAUGAUAACGCUCCGUGCUUUGAGCAAAGCAUUUAUCAAGCAUCGGUGUCUGAAGGCCAGGGCUACAACGCCCACGUCAUUCAGGUAACUGCUUCCGACCCGGACAGUGGAUUGAACGGCCGUGUUGAGUAUUCCAUUGUCUCUGGCAACCAAGGAGAAGCCUUCCAGAUUGAUGCACUGAGCGGCGUGCUGACUACCAGUGCACUUCUGGAUCAUGAGAGCACCAAGUCCUACAGCCUGAUCACGCAAGCCACAGAUAAAGGGAAACCCAGGCUUUCUGCUACAGCCACCGUCCGGAUACAGGUGACUGACAUAAAUGACAACGCCCCAGCUUUUCUCCCCUCUGAAGCAGUAGAAGUUGCAGAAAAUUCUCUGCCUGGUGUGAUUGUGACUCGGGUAUCAGCUCAUGAUGUGGAUUUGAAUCCAGCCUUUAUCUUCAGUUUUGCAAAAGACUGCAAUCCCGGAGCCACGUUUGCUAUUGAUCAGCACACUGGAGUAGUGAUCUUGGUGAAGGCCUUAGAUUUUGAAGAAGUAACCAAAUACGAGCUGCUCGUCCAGAUUUCUGAUUCCGUGCACCACACAGAGGCACCCCUGACCAUCCAAGUGUCAGAUGUCAAUGAUAAUCCGCCGGUGUUUUCUGAAGAUUUCUAUCAGGUCACGGUUCCUGAGUCAGUGCCCCUAGGGUACUCAGUAUUAACUGUAUCAGCCACAGACUUAGACAGCAAUGAGAACAUUUCUUAUAGAAUCCUUUCCUCCUCUGAGGACUUCUCCAUUGAUCCCGUGAAUGGCACAAUAUUUACUACCAGUCCUGCAAUCCUUCCGGAUAAAAUAAGAACAAUUCGAUUUCUUGUUGAAGCCAGUGAUGGUGGAAUCCCUGAGCUGAGGGCUCUUACAUUAGUGGAGAUACAAGUCCAAGAUGAGAACAAUUAUGCCCCGGAGUUCACAGUAGGAUACUACAAUCUUACCUUGAAUGAAGAUGCUCUGGUUGGAAGCACACUUACCACAUUUUCAACCUUUGACCGGGAUUGGACGCCUGAAAACACAUACGCUGAAUAUUCCAUCAUCAGUGGUAACUCUCAGAACAACUUCCAUGUGGAAACCACUUCAGUUCAUUCAGAAUAUCCCCACAAGCAAGUUGGUGACCUUGUGUUACUUCACAGUCUGGACCGAGAAGCCAGUGCCAGCCAUCAGCUGGUCAUCCUGGCAUCCGACCACGGCUGCCCUCCUUUGAGCUCCACGGUGAUUGUGUCCAUACAAGUGCUUGAUGUCGAUGACAACCCACCCAGAUUCAGCAGCCUGCAGUACCACGCCCAUGUCAAGGAAAGUGCCCCUCCAGGCAGCCGCAUCACCGUGGUCUCAGCCAGUGACUGUGACAUGGGUUCGCAUGCAGAGAUCUUCUACCAGGUUAUCUCUGGAAAUGAGAAGGAACACUUUUACUUAGAAGAAAGAACCGGAGUCCUUUAUUUGAUUAAACCUCUGGAUUAUGAAGAAACGACAAAAUUCACUUUAACUGUCCAAGCUUCAGAUGGAGAUAAGAAACAUUUUUCUUUUGCAGUUGUGUUUAUCAGCCUCUUAGAUGACAACGACCACAAGCCCCAGUUUAUGUCCUCAAGCUUGACUUGUGCAGUGCCUGAAAAUCUGCCCGCAUUCUCCAGCAUCUGUUCCGUCCACGCCGUGGAUUUUGAUGCAGGUCCUUAUGGAGAACUGACCUAUUCUGUUUUAUCGCCCUGUUUGGCCGCUCAUGAGAGGCCUUCCCCUCAGGAUCUCUUCAGCAUUGACCCUUUAACAGGGGACAUUCGUGCUAAGCAAAGCCUUGACUACGAAAGCGCCGAUAAGUACUGCCUCGUCGUGCAGGCCAGAGACAAGGGCGGCUCCACAGCUUCCUCAACGGCCUGGGUGUACAUCGAAGGGACAGACGAGUUUGAGCCCGUCUUCACUCAAGAUCAAUAUUUCUUCAGCCUCCCCGAAAAGACUCAAGAAAGACAGCUGAUCGGCAGAGUGGAAGCCUCUGAUGCAGACGCGGGCGCUGAUGGGGUCAUUUUUUACUCCCUGGCAACUCCUUCUCCUUUCUUUUCAGUAAACAGAACCAAUGGAAAUAUUUAUUGGCUUAAAGCCCCUCCUCCCUUCAUAAGAAGUCAGGUCAGCGAAGACGACACCUUUGAAAUGAAAAUCAUUGCUCAGAGCCCCAAACCGGGCUCCAGGUCCACAUCCUGCACUGUGUUUGUGAAUGCGUCUCUGUCCUCUGGCGGAAGGCUCGCGGUGCCAUCUGCCAGCAGCUUCUCCAUCAGCCUCACGGUCUCCUUUGUGGUGGUCCUGUUACUCAUCUAUGGUCUGACUGUACUGGUUGUAAAACAUAAACCAAAAGCCGCGCCACACAAUUAUGGAAGGAAGAAAGCAUCACCGCCCUUAGAGGUCAGUGUGAAGCCGACAGGGGACCCCGGCGGGUGCGCGGCCCUGCAGAACAAGGGGGACAGCCGGGAGGAGGCCCCGCCCGAGUGGCUGAGCUCCAUAAGCAUCACGGAGAAGGACCCUGCUGGCCAGCACUGGCUCUCGGGCUCCAGCAGUCACUGUUCCGUGGAAGGAGAGACUGCAGAAGACAGGGAGAUCCAGAGGAUAAACGCGAACCUUUACAGAAAGGACUCGGACUCGGCGCUGGGCGACCGGGCCUCCCAUGUGCCGGACUCCGGGGUCCCCAGGGACUCAGACCAGCUCUCCUGCCUGUCUGGGGAAACCGACGUGAUGGUCAGUGCCAAAGUGGCAGACGGUGGCCACGCAGUUGAGGGAGGAGACGGAGGGGAAGGCUGCGACCCAGCCUGUGUUCCAAAUGACGCUCCACCCCAGGCCCUGCAGAAGAAAGGGGCAAAGGAAGGUGUCCUGGCUGACCCCGAGAAAGUUGAGUCUGUCCGUGUUUCAGGAGACCAGGAAGCAAGCGGUGCAGCCUUUCCAACUGAGCUCACCUGCAGUCACGAAGUAAGAGGAAGCUAUGCCUGGGAUUAUCUCCUGAGCUGGGAACCCAAGUUCCAACCCCUUGCCUUGGUCUUUAAUGAUAUUGCAAAACUGAAGGAUGAACAUUUGCCUAAGCCUGGCAUUCCCAAAGAGAGGCAGUCUUUGGUUUUUCCACCACCUUUGAUAACAGCAGUAGCGCAGCCUGGGAUUAAAGCAGUUCCACCGAGAAUGCAGGCCACAGCCCCAGGGCAGCUACUUCAGAAAUACCCCCGCUCUCCUCUGCUCUACCCCCAAGGCUGUCCAGCAGAAGCCAUGACACCCAGCUUUUCCCCAGCCCUUUCCCUGCUCACUGUGCAGACUCCAGCCAGGUCGCCACUGUUGUCAAGUGGAGAACUCUUAGGGACACGCGGGAGUGACCCGCACUGUGCACUGAAAGCGGAAGAUGACAUUGAAAUAUAAAGUGAUUGUGGCACCAACGAUCCCACCACCGUCUGUCUCCAAAGGCUAAGCAAAACAUUCUCAAACAAGCUCCUCCGCACUGGUUAACUCAUAUCUAAAAGGUGGGGUUUUUCAAACCUCCUCAUUUGAGUUUCUCAGAUUUCUUCCAGCCUUAAUGAGCAGCUAUUUCUUCUUCUGACCUUUAUGUUUUGCUCUCAGGACUCACAUGUGUGUAUAUCAGUUAAUGUAUAUUCUGUCAUACCUGGUUUUCUGUAUGAUUAGAUUUCCAAAGGAUGCCAGGAACUUUAGUGACUGCCAAAAUGUUUAUAUGGAAAAAAUGGAAAUAAAGCAUAGUGCACUCUGGUCAUAUUACUGCUGAUUACACCACUGUAUCGAAAACAACAGCAACAAAAAAAAAUGAUGGCAGAAUAGUGAACGAGUUUAGGACAGAAAGUAACAGAGAGGAAAUCUGGGCAGAUAACAUCUGUUUUAAGACAAAGCAACAGUCCAUGGGUCUGAUAUUUGGAGAUGCAUCUCCACUUUCUCCACAUACUGCCUUGGGGAAUUUAGGAAUAAUUUGAAUUUUAAAGUGGUGUCUUUUGGAAAUUCAAGGAGAAAAUAAGAGUAAAAUUUGUCAUUAUUCUGUGAAACAAAUAAGAGAAUCAUUCCUGAUUAAAUGAACCAGAAAUGCAUGUUCUUGAUAGAGGACCAGGAUCAUGGCUAGAACGGAUGCUUAUGUGCUUAGUUACCACUGUGACACAGUAUCUUGUCCUUUUCCUGCAAAUAGAAUGAUUUUUUUCAAUGCUCUGUCUUGUAACAGGGAACAGGUACAGACAUGAAACUUCAAAGACUAAUUUAUAGAACUUUCUUCAUUUUAUUUUUUUAGGUAUAGUAAAUCUGUGUAUGGAAUAAUUUAUCCAUUCAGUGUCCAUUCUAAAGGUUUGUAUAGAUAACAUUAUGUUAUUAGCUAAUUAUAAAUUUCAUAGAACAGUUUAACAGUAUAUUUUUAAGUGAAGAUUUUUUAUAUAAAUGUUGCUACUAUAAACCUUAGAAUGGCAGUCCUUGUUCCCUUUGCUCAUAUUCAUGUUUAGCUUUCACUGUAACUGGAUGAGCAUUUGACAACGGUAAAAACCGCUGUUUUGUACAGUUCCUGUUCAGAAAUCCAGAGGUGUGGUUCGGAGCUCUCGUGUGAUGCUCUGUCCAUCUCUGAGCAUCCUGACAGGGCAUCGGAGAUGCUUUUGGCUUUCUGGAGAGCACAGUCCAGAGGUCAUCUGCCCUGGUGGCACAAUGGCCAGGUUUUAGAAUAACAGCUUAAGAAAUCUGAUGUGAAAUCCCAAGGGUGUCUCGUAUGAUUUUCUGACUAGCGAGGUUGGGCUUCUGCUAUAGGAAUAGUUCCUCAAUAAUUUUUCCCCCAUGUGCCUCAGCAGUGAAAUUCUGUGAGGUAAUUUCCCUUUACUGAAAAACACUGCAGGUGCAGUGUUUUGUACUUAGUCUUGUAGAUAAAUAAUUCUAUGGCUUCCAAUAUGAUCUGUUGUUGUAUAUCCUCCUUGACUCAAACUGAGGACUCUGUAUAAAACUAUAUUAAUAAAUGUAUGAAACAUGAAGGUUUGGGGACAAGCCUAGAAUCAUAUGAAAAGUAAUUUAGACGUAGAACAUUUAAAUAUUACAAGACUUAUCUAUAAUUCCUGUUCGUGAUAUUUGGGGAAGAAUAUUUCAUGACUUUCGUGAAAAACCCCACAUACACACAUCUAAUUACUUCAGUAUCCCAAUAUUUAUUAUCUCUGACUGUUUUUGAAAGAUUGCUUUGAGCAGAGAAAGAAAUUCUAUACUAUUUUUUCUAAUUUUGUGUGAAAGUUUUAUUUUGCAAGAGAAUUGUUUCCAGAAACCAGUUAUAAUUAUGUUUCUAAUUAAACGGGUUCUUCAUUUACUUAUGCUUUAGAAAAAUUAUCCAUCUAUCACUUUCCUAAAUUACUUGCCUGUGAAUUAUUACUGAACAUAAUUUUGUAUUUUUGUUAGCCAUUUCAUAAAAAGAGAAGACAUGAAGUACGUGUUUAGAACUCCUCACCAAUAUUUAGCAGUCAUUUAGUGGAUGGCUUUACUGACACCAGAUCCAGCACCACAACCUCACCAAACUGCCACAGUGGGCUUGGUAAAAAUGUGAGCAUGCUGGUCAAGUGUUUAUAAUAAAUCAUAUGUCAGCCCUUUCAACUAGAGUGCUUUUUUCCUAAGUAAACAACAUAAUUUGUACAGUUUUCCUUUAAGUUUAAUGUUAACUUGCCUUGUAUGUUCUGUGUUACUUUGCUGAUCUCUACACUGGCUUUAGCACCCUGGAGGGGUACAGAACUUGUUGGUGGAAAAUCACAUUAAGCCUCAAAUUCAUAAGCUAUAAAAUAAAAGACAGUUGUCUCUUGUGGAA